CCCUUGCAGCCCUCCGCCCGCUCUGCGGACGGGAGACCCCUCCUGCCGGGCGACUGCGCCGGUGACAUUAAGGAGGGCUUUUUAAAAAUUCCACCACGGCUUAGAUUCCUACCAACCAAGUUCUCUUCGCCCCCCUCACAUCUAUUCAAAGGAGUGAGAAACGGCGCACUGACCUUUAUUGCUACUCAACCCACUUAGGCACGUUAUGAUGAGGGUUUCAAGUUCCUGCGCUUCCUCUCAGCCCCGAGUAAGAGUUCGCCCUAUUCCCUGCGGUUCUCAGCACCCCCUCCGUGUUUCCAACUAAAUAGCAGUUACUCUUCUCUAAUGAGGGACCCAGCGGAUGUCAAUGGAGCCCUUCAGCCUUUUCUCCUGAGCUCAUGGUUCCUAUUAUUAGAAUAAUCCUCCCCACGCCCUGCUGUCACAGGAGGAAGCCCCCCUGCUUAGCUGCGGACGCCCAGGGCGCUGUGUUAGGAACUUGGCAUUCCAGGGCUCCCUUCUGGGUAUGAUUUUGCAGGUUUCCAUGCCGUUGCAUGGACAUGUGUGAUCAUAUCAUCAGAAAGCACAGAAAGAAAAUAGUCAAAGUGUUUUGCUUUCAGCGUUUAAGGCAACCGUGGGCUCAGCGGGAGGAGAGAAAGCUCCUAAAUGUUACGGAUAGUGGAUUGCUGGACCUACGCCUUCCCAGGCAGCAGGGUGUGUGUGCGUCCUUUGGUGUUCUUGUGUCCAGGCCCCGACGUGGCUCCUGGGGCACUUUUCCAUGGAAGGCUGGAGGGCUCUGGAAGUGUGUUUUGGGGAUUGUCACAUGGACUCUGCACAUUUCCCCAGACAGUGCGAGUUUGACGGGAUCUCCUCAUGUUCCAGCAGACGUCACACAGCAGCAAUGGCAGGUAGAAGCUUUCUGUCUCUGUACGCAUGCUUUCUGGGUCUUUCCCUGAACUGGAUCCAAGAGGCACACAAGUUGUAAGUGCCUCCAUCUGGGAUCCUAUUUCAGUUGUUCCUAAGUACCAAGAGCAUCAAUCGCUCCUUAAUAGCUUGCUGCAGCUCUGGAAUUGCUUAGGCAGCUGUUUGCCUCUGAGCCGCCUUGCUCCUAGAGCCCUGGUCAAGGAGGUCUACUGCAGAGUGGGCUUCAGAGCUGCCCUCUGAGCAGCUAGUUACCCAACCCAAACCAGCAGGGCCACGCUGGCCCUCCCCUGGAGUUCAGGGGUUCUUCUCUCAAAAGUGGCCUCCAUUUUGUCUUUUCUCUUGAAAUUAUUGUGGUUAUGUUGGAUUAUAGUGUUGGAACUCAGAAUAUAUUUGUAAAAAUAUUUAACAAUGAAUAACUUUAAAAAAAAUCCACAACUUCCAGGAGCCUACCCACCAACCCUUCUCAGCUAGACAAGACAGUUGAACAGGGCCUCGUGAAGGGAAGCCCGCAUCCCUGCAGUCCUGUGCCAUCGUGUCUCCUGCCUUCAUGACUGUGGUGCCUGCUGAGGGCCCGGCACAGCCUCGGCCCAACCCCUUGCAGCUUACUCUUGAUACAGCAGAGGACAGAAGGUGCAGUCCUGUCAGUUCACGUAUAAUAGACACAUCAGUGCUCCGAAGGAAGGGGUGAGCCCUCAGCUUGCACUGAAGGAGGACCUGGGGAAGUCCCCACCUCAGCACCUGCAGGGGAAGUGACACCUGCCCUAGAGAGAACAGCGACUGCCCAGUUGAAAAGGAGUGUCAGCUGACCUGUCGCCAGUGCCUUCCACAGGUGCACACAGGACAGGAACAGAGUGUGAAUGAUCUGGAAGCACCCGGUGACAGACAAGGGAAGCUGAAAGCAAGGUCUCCGAUGUGCACAGUGACCUUUCCUGACACCCACCUGGCAGGUGCGGAUGUGGACUUGACAGAGCCGUGAGGCCAGGACAUAGACCGCACCCUCCAGUUGACCUUUGGGUGUAACUACAAAUGGGAGUCAAAAAGAAGGAUCCGGUCUGUACCUACAGUGGAACUAAAAACAAGGUCCUUAAGGUCCGGGGCCCUUCUGUCUGAGGCAGCAGCGUUGUGAUACAGUGCUCCUGUGGGGAUACUGGGGGUCAGACACACGUGACAGACCAGUCCCACAGACAAAGCCACAUCAGCCAGCGCUGCAGCCUCAGGUCUGUCCGGUGCGUGGACUAAAGCAUCACAGUCCCGGCCACGCUGCUGGCCGGUUCCUCCCCACCUGAGCAUAUCCCCGGCCAGCGCUGAACCCCCAGCGUUCAAAAGUUCAGUGAGUGCUGGGCACGCCCUCCUCGCAGGGGAGGAGAGGGAAGGGCCAGAAGGGAGCGGUGUGCACAGGGGGAAACUGUGGACAUAGUGAAAUCUGAUCGCGUGCCAGAAAAGCGUGUGAAGCUAGUGACCCCUAAACAACGCCUGGCCACGACCAGGCAUGUGCGGCCACUGAGCGUUCGGGCAGCGGCAAGGCACAGACCGCCAUGGAGAAUUCUGUGGCCCCCUGCGUCCUUUACCCAGGGGACCGCAGCGUCAGCGGGACGGAGCCUGGGGCUCCGGGAGAGGGCAGCCUGCAGCCGCCGGCCGCGGGGGAGGGCGCUGCGUCCCCCACGCAGACACCCUGCAGUCUCCGCGCGUCCCUGUGCUUCAGCUCCGGGGACGACUCUCCGCCGCAGUCUCGCGCUGCCGCCGCGGAGGGCGCGGCGGCUUCCUCGCCCUCGCACCGCAGCGGCCAGCGCGUGGUGGAGACGCAGUGGGAGGUCAGCAGCGCGGGCGCCGCGUCGCCGGAGGAGCUAGUGUCCCCGGAAGAGCCCGUGUCCCCGGAGGAGCGCGCGCGCCCCGAGGAUCCCGUGUCCCCGGAAGAGCCCUCGUCUCGCCAGGAGCGCGCGCGCCCUGCGGAAUCUCUGUCCCUGGUGGAGUCUGAGUCCCAGGAAGAGCUCGGAGAGCCCGCGCCUGUGCCCCCCGGGGUCGGGACCGCGCACGGAGAGCCCGACCUGGUUAUCGAGGUGUCCGGCCGGCGGCUGCGGGCGCACAAGACGGUGCUGGCGGCGCGCAGCGACUACUUCCGCGCGCGCGCGUCGCGGGACGUGCUGCGGGUGCAGGGCGUGAGCUUCGCGGCGCUGCAGCUGCUGCUGGCCGACGCGUACAGCGGACGCAUGGCGGGCGUGCGGCCCGACAACGUGGCUGAAGUGGUGGCUGGCGCGCGCCGCCUGCAGCUGCCUGGCGCCGCGCAGCGCGCCACCGACGCCGUAGGGCCGCAGCUGAACUUGGCGAACUGCUACGAAGUGCUGAGCACCGCCAAGCGGCAGCGGCUGUCGGAGCUGCGCGACGCCGUCUACCGCUUCAUGAGCGACCACUACCUGGAAGUGCUGCGCGAGCCCGCUGUGUUCGGGCGCCUUUCGGGCGCCGAGCGCGACUUGCUGCUGCGCCGCCGUCUGCGCGCCGGCCGCGCCCGCCUGCUGGCCGCCGCGCUCGGGCCAGCCGGGGAGCGCUCAGGCAGCCGCCCGCAGAGCCCGUCAGGGGACGCGGACGCGCGCGGCGACGCGGCAGUCUACUGCUACCACGAGGCGGUCGGCGAGUGGCGCGAGCUGACGCGGCUACCCGAGGGCGCGCCGGCGCGCGGCUGCGGCCUGUGCGUGCUCUACAACUACCUUUUCGUGGCCGGCGGCGUGGCGCCCGCGGGCCCUGAUGGUCGCGCGCGCCCGUCCGACCAGGUCUUCUGCUACAACCCGGCCACCAACAGCUGGAGCACCGUGCGGCCGCUGCGUCAGGCGCGCUCGCAGCUGCAGCUGCUGGCGCUGGACGGCCACCUGUACGCCGUGGGCGGCGAGUGCCUGCUCAGCGUGGAGCGCUAUGACCCGCGUGCCGACCGCUGGACCGCGGUGGCCCCGCUGCCCCGGGGCGCCUUCGCUGUGGCGCAUGAGGCCACCACCUGCAAUGGCGAGAUCUACGUGUCGGGGGGCUCCCUCUUCUACCGCCUGCUCAAGUACGACCCUCGACGCGACGAGUGGCAGGAGUGCCCGUGCAGCAGCAGCCGCGAGCGCUCAGCCGACAUGGUGGCCCUGAAUGGCUUCAUCUACCGCUUCGACCUCUGCGGGGCUCGAGGUGAAGCUCAGGCGGCGGCCGUUCCGGGCGGCGGGGUCAGCGUCUUCCGCUACCACUGUCUAGCCAAGCAGUGGAGCCAGUGCGCCGCGCACCUGCGGCCUCCGGGCGCCCCAGCCGGCCUGCAGCCCUUCCGCUGCGCCGCCCUGGACGGCACAAUCUACUGCGUGAGCCGAGCGGGCACCUGGCGCUUCGUGCCCUCACAGGAUGGUGAGCCCGGCGGCGACGCGGGCGCCGGCGGCAGCUUCGAGCCAGAGCCACUGGGAGCCCCCCUGGACAUCCGGGGCACACUCUUCCCGUUUGUGCUCAACCUGCCUGAGAAGCCGGACCGGGGGGAGCAGGGCGCGGCCUAGGGCAGGCCGGGAUCACUGGGCAUCUCCCUUGGGCAGCUGUGGGACCAAAGGGGUGGCCCCGUGGUCUGCAGUUCCCAGUGGGUAGGGGGCAGAGGAGAGGAGGAAGAGAGCGGUGGGGUGGGUUGCUGCCCACUGCACCAUGUAUACACUUUGAGGAUAGAAGCUUUGGGGCCCUGAGGCGUUUUUCCGGUGCCAUUCUCAGCACUUCUCAGUUCUGGAUUCUUUUUUGCUUCAUUUUGCUUAGUGGGUGGAUGGCAUAAGAUGUAAGACGUGCGCAAAUGGCUUUAAGAUGAGAUGCAGGAUACCUAGGGGAAGAGAGGCGGGUCAACAGAUGGGUCGUCAGGUGCAGCUGCCGCCCUGGGGUGCAGGAAGGUGAAUAUAAGGUACCGCCCUCUCGGAGAGCUGAGCCCUGAGCACAGAGGAGGCGAUUAGAGGCGCUGGGCAGGGUUCCCUCCUGGCCAGGCCACAGAGGGAGUCCUAAAGUAGGCCACACCAGCUCUUAGUGCAGCUGAAGAGAGAAGUCACCCUUCUCUUUUGUUUUGGGCCUGAGGUUUAAAGCCAUAGCUGAUAAGUAAAGCUUUCUGUGAUUUAGUUAAAAAGCUCGUGUCACUAUGUGCUGCAGUUGUGGUGGGCUCAGCUGUAGAGUGACUUAACCUUUAAUUACCAAUGGGAUUUCUAGGCCCUGGGGCACUGGAAGUGUUUCCUCUGCCAAUCAUGGACACAUCACUGGGGUCCCCACAAGCCAGAGCACUGAGGCCAUCGAGUGGAGGGGCCUGGAGUCCUUGGUGGCGUGGUGACGAUUCACUGUGACUUGACUUUUUGAUCUUUGGUGAUGAAAUGUCACCCGGCAGCACAUGGAAUCAGGAAAGUUCACUGAGAAGGUACUUGUCUGUUUUGAAAGGACCCUGUGACAGCCAGUCUGCUCAUUCCUGCCACCUUCUAGAAGGAGCCAAGAGGGACACUUCCUAAAAAAGAGGGUUAGAAUCAUUUUUGACAGUUCUAAAAAUGAAUGAUACAGGCACAUUUUAAACCCAUUACCUAAUGUUUUAAAUGUGUAUCAUGUAAUUCUGAUGAGGGAUAUUAAUUUUUACCAACAUCAUUCUAAGAAAACAAGGCAGAGUGACAUAUCAUAAGGAAUGUAACAAGGGAAAAUAUCAUGUAUGUUUAAUGUAGUUCAGCAAGUGAUGUUUAUCUCAUUGUGAAUUCCAAAAUACCUGAAUAGAAUGGAAGUGAGACUCACUACUUUGAGAAAGUACAAAGAUAUAAAAAAAAUCAGUUGAUUUCCCCCUCAUUUGUUAGGUCAGUUGACUUUUCAGAAAUGCUGGCCAGGACUUCCUGUCCAUUAGUAGUUCAAGGGUAGAAUUCACGCUCAUGAACAGGCAAACUGGUUUGGAUUGCAAAUCCAAUUCAUCUUACUGUAAUAGGACAAAUGCAUAACUUUCUGGAACAUACCUAGAUGAAACCAUGCAGACCUUGACAUGACUUCCUUGUUAACCAGUGGUGGGAUAGUGGGAUGUAGGAGGUGCUUUUUAGAGUCUUUGGUUGUGAAAGUCUUGGUUAAGUGUGUUUAGAAAUGGUCAGCAUGAAUCUCAUGCAUGAGGGGAGUGGGAUUCACAGUGGCAGUUGGAGUGUGUUCUGGUGGUGUGCAUGCUUGCUUCUGAGUGUGCAUGAACCAAGAUGAUGUCUUGGAAACUUGGCCCAUCAUUUUGGGAAAGAAAGAGAGACUUACUAUAGCCUGAUUUUAUUGGCCUUUUAUAGGAAUAUACUCGAGAAAUACUUAACAGCAAAAAGGAACAGGUAAUGUUUUUUGAAAAAAUGUACAUUUUAUAUGGUAGUACAUACUCUCUAGAAUGUUAUUACUAAUGCUAAAAGUUUUAAUAUGAAAAGGGUACAGGCUAAUACUUUCAUCCCUUAAAUAUCAAAUUCAUAAAACACCAGCAUUGUGAUUCUGCUUGACAAGUCACUCCUGGGACGUCCACUCUUGAGUUGGAUCUCCAGAGUGACGGCGCUCCAGAGAGAGGGUAGGAGUGCUGGGUGUCGAGUGGCAUCCCCCGGUGCCCGGGAAGCGAGCUGUUCAUGUUUGGCUUAGUGGCAGAGUGCCUGUGGGAACUGGUGGCAGGUCCCCGAGGUGGAAGUAACAACUGCUUCCUUAGUAGUUAAGGGAUCCUGGCCAACCCAUGUGGGACCAUCACGUGAGAACAAAGGCCAGAGGCCCUGACACCUGGAGAGCACCAGGCUGCUUGCCUUUGUGGGGCCGGGCCCUGCGGUGUGCAGCAAGGGUAGCACCCAUCAAAGACCCGAAAGCCACGCCCUUUGACAUUGCUGAGACUUGCCCCCGAGGCCUGAGGCCUGAGGAGGUUCCUGUUGCCUUCGUCAGGUGUCUAAGUCUUCGUCCCACACAGUUGAGGAAGGUAGUUGGUGUGAACAAUUGCUGAUCACUGGGGCGUGGAAAGAGGUUUCUAGGUUUAGGACAGCCAUGUUCUCCUAAGGUCAGCCUUCGCACACUGGCCUCUCCUUCUGGGAGGACAGUGCUGCUCUCAGGAAGUGUGCACGCGAGGGCUCUGUCCUCUGGGUAGCUGGCAGGCAUUGACUCUGGGUUGUCCGUCGAGGGCACGUCUCAGCGCAGCCCUGUCUUCCUUCUGUUUUGUGUUCUGGGGUGGGAACACCCCAACUCUAACUCUUGACAGAUCUCUGGAUCUGGGUCAUGGUGAUUUGAUUUUUGAGGCUGUGGUGACUCCUGUUUCUUUUCCUCUUAAGAAAACGCUGUGCGGAUUGAGUUGCCCUCAGUUAAAACUCUGACCUGUAUUGGUCUUGCUGCAAAUACUUAGGCAAGAAAUGAGCCAUCUGCUCCACUUUGGUUAAUUCUGGGCCUUCAGUGAUUCUGCUGGCAGCUGUGAACUCUCUGGGUCUCUUAGGAAACUUCCUAUUGCUGUUGCUGUUGAUGUCCGCAGCUCUGGGCUCUUUGCUGAAGCUGGGACAGUCGGCGCACAGUUGCUUGUCACCUCUUGGCAGGGUGCUUGUUUGUGCUCAGUCAAUGCCUCCCUGGCUGACGGGGGCUUUCCUUUGCGGUUCGGUGUCACUGUUUUAACCCCCUUCUUCUGCAGUGUCAUUAUCCGCGAGGAGGCGGUGUCAGGGGCUCCAAGUGGAACAAGAGGUCGGAGCUGUGUCAGGGUUCCUUCCAGCAGCCACGACAUUUGUGCUUGCUUCACGGCCACAAAGACCACCAGACCGGGGAGCCACGGGCCCUGCACGGGGGCCAGGGUGGCAGGUGCUCCGGGUGGCUGGUGCAUGGAUUCGGAUUGAGUGAAAGCCCACAGCUGUACUGUGAGUUGAAUACCCCGAUGCUUGGCAGAGCCUACCUAGUCCCACUAACCAGUACUUACAUGCUGCCCUUUACUAAUGGCCAGCUAGCUGUGCCCGUGUAAGGCAAGUUCAGAGCAGCUGUUACUGUGUCUGUUAAUGUGUUUAUCAGCGCUUGAGCAUCAAUGCUGUAAAACCCUUUAUGUGUGUCGAUCUAUGCAGAGGUGAAAUAAACUAUGUGGAACGCCA